UUAGAACCUUGGAGUGUCGACCGCACCUCGAGUCACUCAAGUCCAAACCUGCAGUACCAACGCACGAGCACGAAAGCUCUCUAUACAUCCAGGCUUGCACGGUCCUGCUCUCUGAUGAGGUGAACAAGUCGAACCCCAAUCACCUCACGCCGAGUCGCAACCAUGGCCGAUAUUCUUGACCCCAAACCGAUCGACGCCGACGAGGCCUACCACCCUCAAGAUGCCCUCAGCGGAUCCAUACGCGCUGCAACUCUCGGAGGAGCAGCUGGGCUGUUCUAUUCUGCAAUCGGGAAUACUCUGACAAAACAAAAUAUUGGUGCCUUUGGAGUCUUUACAAGAUUUGGUGGAAAUAUCGGAUUAUUUGCGGCCGCCGGUGGUACAUAUCAAUUCAUUGCGAGCGCCUCUGCCAAUCUGAGGGAGAAAAACGACUUUGUCAACCAUUCCAUCGGUGGAACGGUAGCUGGAGCGUUGAUAGGUGCUUCUAGCCGCAAAAUGCCUUCAGUAGUGUUGAACGCUUUCCUACUCGGCGCAAUCUCUUCUGUUGCAGGCUUCACCGGCACAUCAGUGUUUCCUUCCUCUGUGGAUGCACCAGAGGUAGAUCGUAUUGCCGAGAAAGAAGAAAUGAGAAAUCGUUUCAGAAGGCCGGUAAACGAGACGAUCAACGAGCUUGGAGAAGGACGAGGUAUCUAUGGACAGGGAUAUGAGGAGAGAAGGAGACAACGGUUGAAGGAGAACUACGGGAUCGAUGUGCCAGAGCCAUUCUACAAGUCAACGUCAUAGCGCCUCGAGCCGACUCAUGGUCAUGGACAUGAUCAUAAGCGUGGUGGCUAUAAUCUGGGUAUACCUGUCGAAUUUGUCCAGGUCAUCUCUUCAUGGCCACCAGGUGCGACGUCUUAGCCUCGCCAUUAUGGAAUUGGUUCGGCCAUGAUCACGGCAUUGGCAGUCGUCUUUACCACACUGUACAUAGCAUAUUUCGAGGGAAGACUGGUAGUAGACCGUCGAGGCAACAUGGUGCAAUUGUAGAACCAAUCAAAAAAACAUAGCUCACCCGUUGAGCCACACUCGUUGUUG